AUGUCUGAUUCGAUGGCACAAGUGUACCUGGGUGAUCGCAGCGUGGUGGCGACCGCGCUGACACAGGCCCAGCUCACGGCAAGCGGCUGGACAAUCGACCCCAACCCAUACAUGGCGUUGGAAGAGAAGUUCGAACAGUAUGUGGGCGAGGACAUCCUGGCGGAACUCAACCUGAACCCGGCCAACAACCAGGUGGUGAAUUGGGUGCACUCGGUGGCCAUCGACGCCACGCAUCCGGCGACCGAGGCGAAUUAUCAGUGCUGGUACAAUGUCAUCACCGGGGCGAUCAUCGUGGACCUGGCAUGGAGCCCUAAAACCAAGGUCGAAGAGAUGGAGGCCGACGAGUGGCCGGCUGGAUCUCAGCUCCCGGCGAUUCAACAGUUGUCCGAUGUAAUGUGGAUUGAGUGGGCAGCUGAGGCCGCAGCGGCGGGCGUAGAUGCCAGCUCGCUGCAGUAUAUUUUCCAGAUGAAUGUGGUCAACCUGGACACUCGCGCGGUCAUUGACCGCGCCAUGGGCGGGGUCCCCGCCCAUCAAUGGCAGGGCUACACCGAUUUCAGCGUCGAAUCCGAGGCGGGCUAUGCCCUCCUAGGCUCGGUCAACGGGAACCCCCAGGCCUGGAUCUUGAUCAACCACAAGGGGGCCCUGGGAGCAGACCAGUCCAAUAUCAAUGAAAUCACCGGGCUGAAGAAGAUUUCCAAAAUUCGCAUCUGGACUAACGAAGCGCUUUGCUAUGUCCCAGGCCUGCAUUACGAGAGCUCGGAUGACGAGGAUGAGGAUGAUGAGGACGUGGACAUGGAUGAGGGUGAGGAUGUGUAUAUGGAUGAGGAUGAGGAUGAGGACACUGCGGGAAUGGCUCCUUGCUACCAUAUGUUGUUUUUUAUCGAGACGGUCUCCGAGACAGACUUCAUGGGCUAUCCAGCUUGAUGGUCUUGCAAAGGACGUAUGUGCUGAGCUCACCCUGAGUACAGGGCACUGGUGAUCCGCUGCGCUGAGUGGUA